AUGUCAUCAUUCUGCGCGACGCAACUAUCCUGUCCGAAGAACUGUGAGGGUCCAUGGCUAGCGCGAUGUGCUAACAUGUUAUCCGCGACUGAUCCGUGCCGUGAUCCGACCAGUGAUCACCAGGUUCCCGAUCAGAAUUCCGUUCUGCACUCUGAGAUCCAGGACGAAGUGACAGAAAUCCAACAAAAUGCACCACUCAGUGGUAAACAGAGAAGGGCCUUUCUGAAAAGGCAAAGAAGAAAAAGAAAACGUCAGGCUCUUGCUCAACUCAGAGAAGGGGCUGAUCAGUUCGAAAUCGACAAAGAAAAAGGUGAUGAUGAUCAACAUGAAGAUGAAAAGCAGAGAGAGCAAGCGCUUUUACACCAGGAAUGGCUGGAGCGAGAGAGAGUCGCUCAAGAGGAAUUCAGGCUGAGGAAAGAGAAAGAAGAGGCCGCCCAAAAGAAAAAGGAGGACGAAGAGAGGAGGAUCAAGGAGGAAUGGGAGGAGCAGCAGAGGAAGGAACGAGAGCUACAGGAGCAGAAACAGCAGAAGAAGAGAGACAGAGAGGAAGCUGUACAGAAACUCUUGGAUCAAGCUGAAAGCCAGUUGGAAAAUGGAGGUUCUUGGAAAAACCCAGACGCCCCUGUGGAUUAUGGGACGGAAAAGGACAGGGCGAACUGCCCCUUUUUCAUUAAAACUGGAGCUUGCCGAUUCGGAGACAGGUGCUCCCGUAAACACGAUCACCCAUCGUCGAGUAGCACACUGAUGAUUCGCGGGAUGUUUGUGACCUACGCGAUGGAACAGAGUAGACGUGACGACUACGACACAGACGCUGGUCUCGAGUACAGCGAGGACGAUAUGAGGCAGCAGUACCUCGACUUCUACGAGGACGUUCUUCCAGAAUUCAGAAGCGCGGGCAAAGUGGUGCAGUUCAAGGUGAGCUGCAACUUCGAGCCGCAUUUAAGAGGCAACGUUUAUGUGCAGUUCAACACAGAAGAGCAAUGCAAAGAGGCGUUUAUGAUGUUUAAUGGACGCUGGUACGCAGGGAGGCAACUGCAGUGCGAGUUCUGUCCUGUGACCAGGUGGAAAACGGCAAUAUGUGGACUUUUUGACAGGCGCAAGUGUCCGAAAGGGAAGCACUGCAACUUCCACGUGUUUCAAAACCCUGGUAAUGAAUUUUGGGAGGCUGACCGUGACCUUCAUUUGCCCUCUGAACAUGGCGGAAGUCUCAGCAGACGCCACCAGGGAUGGUCACAGCGCAGCCACAGCCCCGGACAGUCUCGCAACAGGCAGAGUGACUGGAGAAGUGAGAGGCACAGCUACAGUUCAAGGCGGAGCCGCAGCAGAGAGAGGCGGAGCCAUAGCAGAGAGAGGCGGAGCCGUAGCAGAAGUCGAGAGAGUUGGAGAGAAGGUCAUUCUCUGAGAAGGGAGAAGCGUUCUUUAAACGGGCGAGACAGGAGAAGCGGGAGCCGUGAGAGACGCAGAUCAGGUAGCAGAGGCAGAGAAGCACAUUCUCAGCAUUUGCAUGAAGACUCAAGAACAAGGUCUUGCAGAAGAUCGGAGUCCAGCAUCUCUGAAGAGCGACCGAAAAGUACGAGGAAGAGUAAAAGGAGCGAGAGCAAAAGCCCAAAUCCCGGCGACGAUCCCUCGGGAGACGCGAACACGUCCUCACGUCACCGCAAGCGCUCGAAAAAGAGCAAGAAGAAGAAAAAGAGCAAAAAGAAACAAAAGAGGAAGAGGAGCAAAUCCCGCAGUGUCAGCUCUUCAGCAGCUUCUGGGGUAGGGUCAGACGAUGACGAGACACCAAAUAAUGAUGAGAAACAAAAAGCAGAAAAGGAUGGACAGGAUGCUACGGGUAGCGAAAUCCUCGUCUCACUCCAGGAUAGUGAGGAAAUGAAAUCAGGUUCACCUGAAGGCACUCAGACUGCUGCUGAAACGAGCCCUGAUUAGCUGUUGUUUGUUUGUUUCAACAAAACUCUGUUCUUAUCCGUUUUGAGCUGUAAAUAAACCUGGUUAAUAAUUUUCAA